GGCUCUAGCGCCCUGCUAAUCAUGUCCGUAUAAAGGCUAAUCAGGACAUCCUGUUCUCUCAGAGGCACUGAAUCCUGAGUGGAACGGUUUUAGAGCGUCAGCUCGGAGACUCACACACCAUAAAGGACAGAGCGCGUGGUUUAGACAGCUCGAGGUGGAGGUUUUCUCUGUGCCAGGAUGAAGCAGGUGGAGAUUUUGGAUGAUAAAACCAAAGAACAGCUGUGUUUUCUGGACAAGCAGGUUGAGUAUCACUCAACUAUUGGUGAUAUUAAAGGACUUUUUCACAGAGUGUAUCCACACUGGUAUCCAGCGAGACAAGCGCUCAAACUCCAUCCCAAAUCAGGCGAGCUCAGAGACGAUGAGCUUUUACAGAAUUUACCGGUUGGUCUGACGGCCACGCUGUAUUUCCGAGACCUCGGCCCUCGUUUCGGCUGGACCAUGGUGUUUCUGUUGGAGUAUGUAGGACCGCUCCUGAUUUACCUGCUCUUCUAUUUCCGACUCCCCUACAUCUACACUCAUCCACACACCCUCACUCCACCCGGCCCCGACCCUGCGGUCAGUCUGGCGUGUGUGUGUCAUUCUCUCCAUUACAUUAAGAGACUGAUGGAGACAGUGUUUGUGCAUCGUUUCACCCAUGGCACUUUGCCUCUAGGGGUCAUCAUAAGAAACUGUGUGUAUUACUGGGGUUUUGCUGCGUGGUUGGCGUAUUACAUUAAUCACCCACUUUACACUCCACCAUCAUACGGACGGCCACAGAUCGGCUGCGCGCUCGUGAUGUUCACGCUGUGUGAGGUGGGAAAUUUCUCUAUCCACUGGUCACUCAACACCUCAGGAGGAGACGCAGGAGAUAAAUAUCGAAGUUUCCCUCAUCCCUCUAAAAACCCCUUCACUUGGCUCUUCUUCUUUGUUUCCUGUCCCAAUUAUACAUACGAGGUUGGAGUGUGGGUGAGUUUCUCCAUCAUGACUCAGUGUGUUCCAGUCGCUGUCUUCACGCUGAUCGGAUUUGUUCAGAUGACGAUAUGGGCAAAGUGGAAGCACAAAGCCUACACCCGGGAAUUUAAGGACUACCCUACUCUCCGUAUGUCCAUCCUCCCGUUCAUCCUCUGACAGUAAAACACACGAAUCUUCUGGAUGCACCUUCUCUCAAUCCUCCCAUUAAACACCUUCCAACUCUGAUGAUGAUGAAGCAGCGUAUGUGUACUCUUCUUCCUGUUCCAAUAAAACUUUUUCUAAAACUCUCUCUUUCACUUGUUUCUGGUCAACUGACACCGAAUUGAACAGAUUAGUUCAGAACAGCGCUUUUAACAUUUGUAAACACGGUGUAAUGAGAGGUUGCGUGUGUGGUAUGCCGUAUGUUUAUUUCAUUGCUGGUUGCCAUGGUUUCACUGUUAGCAUCAGGCUCGUGAGAUAGCCACACAAGCUAGCUAUAGAAUGUAUAUAAAACCAGACCUCCGACCAUAAUCUUCUCACUAACAAUGCAAUUCUGGAGGGAAAUGCUGCUGUAUAAAAUACACACUCACAACUCGUCACUGUCGUGUCAGAAGGAAACUAAAACAAAAUGAACACGAAUCACAAUUAGCUCGUGUCCACUAACGAC